UAUAAAACCACUCAGAAUCCACAAAGGUUCUCUCAGACCACCGAGCUGAAACUAGAGAGGCAGCCAGGCAGAGAUAGCGUGUUCAUCAGGCGGCAGCAAGGCAAGAACCUCCAAGAAGGGAACCAGGAAACCAAGGAGGAAGAGGGAGAGAUCAGAGAUGGCGGCAAGGGCUGUGUCCACCUCCACCCUUGCGGCAGCAGCCACGAUGGUGCUGGCCGCGGCGGUCCUCCUGGCCGGCGGCGCGUCGGCGCAGUCGCCGCCGUCGUCUCCGGCGAGCCAGUGCACGUCGGUGCUGGUGAGCCUGUCGCCGUGCCUGAACUACAUCUCCGGGAACGAGUCGACGGCGCCGGCGUCGUGCUGCGCGCAGCUGGGCAAGGUGGUGCGGUCGGACCCGCAGUGCCUGUGCGUGGCGCUGAGCGCGGACCCGGCGUCGCUGGGGCUCAGCGUCAACCGCACCCGCGCGCUGGGCCUCCCCGCCGCGUGCGCCGUCGCGACGCCCGACGUCAGCAGCUGCAAGGGCGCCGCCGCCGAGCCGCCGGCAACCGCGCCCGGGGCCGGCACGCCAGCUGGGCAGGCGCCGGGCGGCACGGGGUCCAAGACGACGCCGGCGACGGGGUCCGUGCCCGGCGCCGCCGCCGCGUCGCCGCGGGGGUCGUCCGGCGCCGGCCUGGUCGCGGGCUUCGUCGCCGCGGCCGUCCUCGCCGCCGCCGCCGCGUGAUCGUGCGUAGGAACCGAGACGGAUUCGGCUGGAGUAGCCUUUUGUCGAUUUUGUGAUUUGUUGAUCCGUGAGCGUUAUUCCUGCGCUUGAUUCAUCACCGCAUUCCUUCUCUGAAUACUAAUAAAGAUAGGCUUGCGCCUGCCCUGCCUGGAUUGUUCUUCA